AUGAAAGAUGUAAAGUUUGACAAGCAUAGGAUUAGUAUGGAGAAGGAGGUGAUUUUAGGGUAGAUGGUGGAAGUUGAAGGUCAAACUGAGGAAGUUAUUUUUGACCAUUUGCAUUCAACUGCGUUCCAAUACACUCCUCUUGGUAGAACUAUUCUCGGGCCUGCUGAAAAUAUUAAGACAAUCACCAAAGAGCAUCUCCAGAACUAUAUUCAGACACACUACACUGCUCCUAGAAUGGUCAUUGCUGCUUCUGGAGCUGUUAAGCAUGAGGAAGUUGUUGAGCAAGUAAAGAAGUUGUUUACCAAGUUAUCAGCUGAUCCAACCACUGCUUCUCAGUUAGUUGUGAACGGACCAGCUACUUUUACUGGUUCUGAGGUUAGAAUGAUCAAUGAUGAUAUUCCUCUAGCGCAAUUUGCGGUUGCUUUUGAGGGAGCAUCUUGGACAGAUCCAGAUUCCAUUUCACUAAUGGUUAUGCAGGCAAUGCUUGGUUCAUGGAGCAAAAAUGCUGGGGGUGGAAAGCACAUGGGCUCUGAGCUGGCGCAAAGAGUUGGCAUUAAUGAAAUUGCAGAAAGCAUGAUGGCUUUCAAUACAAACUACAAAGAUACUGGUCUUUUCGGUGUCUAUGCUGUUGCCAAGCCUGAUUGUUUGGAUGAUUUGGCAUAUGCUAUUAUGUAUGAGGCAACCAAGCUAGCUCAUCGUGUUUCAGAAGCUGAUGUCAUUCGUGCUCGUAACCAGUUGAAGUCAUCCUUGAUGCUUCACAUAGAUGGAACUAGUCCUGUAGCUGAAGAUAUUGGGCGCCAGCUGCUUACAUAUGGUCGGAGAAUCCCAUUUGCUGAACUAUUUUCUAGGAUUGAUGCUGUUGAUCCAAGCACUGUUAAACGUGUUGCAAACCGAUUUAUCUAUGACAGGGAUGUCGCAAUUGCUGCCAUGGGCCCCAUCCAGGGUUUGCCUGACUACAACUGGUUCAGACGCAGAACCUACUGGAACCGUUAUUAGAUUGUUUUCCGUUUCCUUUUUUGUCCAUGGAUCUUCUCCUUGUUGGGCAAUCACCAAACAUUUUGGCACUUUUACAGGACCAAAAGUUUCCGGAAACACACCCAAGGGUGGCAUUUCUAUUCAUUUUGUAGGUUCUUGGUUCUGUAACUUUGUUGUUAUUCUGUAAUAAGCAUGCUGUCUUCAGUGUAUGUGCUGAGAAUCAGGAGAAAUUCUUUUGCAAAACAAGGUAACUGAUGCCGUAAUGUUGAUAUGUUGAGUUGCAUUUAUAUAGUUGGAUCUUAGCUCUAAAUGGCAUUUAUGUUGGAGCUGAAA